CUGACACACUGAUCCUCAUGCUCCCUGCCCAGACUCACCUUCACUUUGGAAUCGGUUGGAUUUACUAGGACGUAAUUUUUCUAAAUGGUAUAACGAGGACAGAUCUGGAUCUGGCCAAGUCCCCCCCUGGAGUGAUCUCUGGCGCCCCCUAGGGGAUGCGCUACCAUGGCCCCGCUGGACCUGAGUAUGCCCAGGAGCCGCCUGCCCCUCCUCCUGCUCCUGCUGCUGGCAGUGCGGCCCAGUGAGGAGCAACUGGUGUCCGUUCAAACUGAAACUGUUGCAGUUGGUUCUGCAAGCACACCAAGCAGCAGUCCCAUUGAAUACCUUCUGGAGAUUCAAGUCCAGACCUCUGAUUUGGAGGAGGUCAGGAACCUCCAGAACACCUUGAAGCUCCCCACAGCCCUCUCUAACACCAGCGACAUCACAGGCCUCAACAUCACCACAGUGUGCGCCCUGGUCGCAGACAGCUUCCAGUGUGAGUGCGAGAGUACGUUCUUCUGGCCGUUACGCAGCUGCCAGCUGUAUGGAAGCUGUGGACAGCCGGAAGCCACCUGUACCUGUCUCACAUCCCUGCCAGCUAAUGGUCUCUUCUGCCAGCCCAGAUUCGAAUGGCUGUACGAGGUGAAAUUGGGCAUCUCUGGUUCCCUGGCGAUGGCGGCAGCAUCUCUGGCCUUCGCCAGGCCAAAGAUUAGAGAGAUCUCCUUUAAUGAUUCUCAGCUCAGCCCAGCUCUGCGUCUGACAGAGGUUAACCUCACCACAGUGUGCACCUCACCAACCGACAGCAGCAUGAAGUGCCAGUGUGAGGGGGAGUAUGGCUGGUCAUGUGAACAGUGUGAGACCUAUGGCGUGUGCACCAGUAAAAAUACAACAGAUCCUUGUGGAUGCAUCAAUGGAUUUCCUGCUGAUGGACAGCUCUGCCAGCCAAUCAUAAGCCUCUCUUCGUGUCGUACGACAACGCCUACACCUACGACAACGCCUACACCUACGACAACGCCUACACCUACGACAACGCCUACACCUACGACAACGCCUACACCUACGACAACGCCUACACCUACGACAACGCCUACACCUACUCCUGUCGGAGAAUGGCUGUACGAGGUGGAAUUGGGCAUCCCUGGUUCCCUGGCGAUGGCGGCAGCGUCUCUGGCAGUCGCCAGGCCAAUAAUUAGAGGGAUCUCCGUUUCUGGUUCUCAGCUCAGCCCAGUUCUGUUUCUGACAGAGGUUAACCUCACCACAGUGUGCACCUCACCAACCAACAGCAGCAUGAAGUGCCAGUGUGAGGGGGAGUAUGGCUGGUCAUGUGAACAGUGUGAGACCUAUGGCGUGUGCACCAGUAAAAAUACAACAGAUCCUUGUGGAUGCAUCAAUGGAUUUCCUGCUGAUGGACAGCUCUGCCAGCCAAUCAUAAGCCUCUCUUCGUGUCGUACGACAACGCCUACACCUACGACAACGCCUACACCUACGACAACGCCUACACCUACGACAACGCCUACACCUACGACAACGCCUACACCUACGACAACGCCUACACCUACGACAACGCCUACACCUACGACAACGCCUACACCUACGACAACGCCUACACCUACGACAACGCCUACACCUACUCCUGCCCCAGUGGUGACCCCGCUGACCCUCACCAUGGACAUUGAUUUCCAAGAGGACUUCAGAAAUCCAGAAAACGCCUUCUACAAAACAGUGGAGGGCUCCAUCAAAAGUAACAGCGUGAAGGCUGGCUUUACAUCGUACACCCUGGAUGAUGUACGCUCCGGCAGCGUGAUCGUUGACUACACAGUCAGCUCUACGGGUGCGAUCCCGCCCAACGUGAUCAGGACCUUCGAGCAAGGCCUCUUCUCAGACCUGGGGGCUAAAUUCCGGAUAGUCACAAAUCCACCUCUACGGUUCGAUCCGGCGGAUGUGUUCACUGGGGACGCCUUCAGGGUGUUCUGUAACCGAGUCAAUGGGACGGCCGUGCUGGGAGUGCCUGCCUGGACACUGAACGGGAUGGCGCUGACCGCGAGAGACAACCCACUCACAGUCAGCCCGCUGUUCUCCCAGAGCACUAGCUUUUACAACUGCACGUAUGCAGACGGCUUCCAGGUAACGGGCGUCCUGACCGUUAAACCGAGGCCUCAGCUGAACCUGAAGCCCCUCAGCAGGACCGUGGGGUGCGUGGACGGCCUGGUCAGCGUGGUCGAGCUGGAGUGCUGCGUCCAGAGUCCCUACAAGGUCCAACUGAAUGAUACGACCCUAACAGCCCAAGUAAUACCCCAACAAGGCAACAUACGGUGCAAACGUUACAACUACAGCAGGACCUGUGUGAACGGAGUGGUGCCGCUCACCUGCCAGGAGGCCACCUACACACGGUUCAAGAGGGACCUGACUCUGACCUUCUCCACUGACGUAUUCCUCUGUGAGGACGAGGAUUAUGGGGGCGGACAGCUGGGGGACGAGGCGACGACGGCCUGCCGGCCGGACGAGGUGGGGUUCAUUACGGCCGAAUGCCAGGAGGACGGGACCUGGGUGCCACUACAGGACAACUGCGUCCUGAUCGUGUUCAACAACCUGCUGCUAGAGGCUGAGAACCUGGAUGCAAGUACCUUCCCAGCGUUUGUGGAUGCCCUCAGCAAUGCGACCGUGAACAACACAGACAGGGUGUCGGAUUCUCCAGCCAACAUCCACACCAUCGUCAGCAUCUUCACACGUCUGGCAAACGUCUCGCGGAGCCUGACCAUCGACGUGAGCCUCAUGACGGGCAUUCUGGAUACGGCAAAUGUUCUGGUGGACAAUCGAUCCAGGGUUGCCUGGAACACCCUGAACACCAACUACAACGGAACGAACAACUUGUCAUCAGCGCCUGAACUCAUUCAAACUAUGAGCGACAGCUCUGCCUUCCUUCGUUCCAUCGAGGAGAUAUCAAGAUCCCUGUCUGACGAUCCCGACCUCAACGUCUUCACAGAGAGGAUCACCCUAAACAGGAGCAGAUUUUCUGGAUCUUUUAGUGCCAAUCUCUCCAUGGUGUCGUUGGAACUACCGGGACCGCACCAGGACAACAGCUUCAUCACCACCAUCAACUUCAACUCCCUGGACAACGUCCUCCUCCCCUCCAACGCCAGCGGUGCCAACACCAGCAACGUCAUCAACGGCAACGUGCUUCUGGUCUUGUCCAACAGCAGCGUCGACAACGUGACGUUCACCUUCGACAUCCUCAACCAAAGUCUGACGAGUCCUCAGUGUGUCUUCUGGAAUUUCAGCCUGCUGGACAACGACGGGGCGUGGGACGGCACGGGCUGUACGGCGGGGGUCUCAGAUGCCCAAAUUGUCACCUGCAACUGCAACCAUCUCACCUCCUUCUCCAUCCUCAUGUCUCCGUCCAGCCCGAUGUCAGCCAUCCUGGAUUACAUCACCUACAUCGGCGUGGGCAUAUCCCUUCUGUCAUUGGUGAUCUGUCUCAUCAUUGAAGCCAUCAUCUGGAGGAAGAUAAACAGGAACUCCACCUCCUAUCUACGACACACGUGCAUAGUGAACAUCGCCGUGUCCCUGCUGAUAGCCAACAUCUGGUUCAUCGUUGGUGCCUUUGUUUCAGUCUCAGGUUCUGAUAACCCUCCAGCCUGCUUCGCAGUCACCUUCUUCAUCCACUUCUUCUACCUGUCUCUGUUCUUCUGGAUGCUGAUGUCGGGGCUGCUGCUGCUCUACCGCACCAUCAGUGUGUUCGGGGGCGGCCUGUCUGACGGGGGCAUGGUGGCCGUGGGCUUCUCCGUGGGCUAUGGCGCUCCGCUCCUCAUCGCGGUCGUCACCAUCGCGGUGACGGCUCCCGACAACGUGUUCUUCAGGCGGAGUGGCGUCUGCUGGCUAAACUGGUACGAGUCGAUGGCACUGCUGGCGUUUGUGAUCCCGGCGCUGUUGAUCGUGGUCAUCAACCUGGUGAUCCUGGCAGUGGUGUUGUACAAGAUGCUCCGCAGUCAGAGCAUGGGCAACUCGGACAGAAGCACCCUGAUGGUCAUUGUCCGCAGCCUGGCCGUACUCACGCCCUUCUUCGGGACCACCUGGGGUCUGGGCGUAGGAACGAUGACCAACCCUGAGGUCUUUGGCAUCCAUGUUACCUUCGCCCUCUUCAACUCACUGCAGGGUUUCUUCAUCUUGGUGUUUGGAACUCUGCUGGACGUAAAGGUCCGGUCUGCUCUGAAGGCGUACACGAGCACCGGGACCACUGGCACACAGAGUACUUCAGCCGGGCCGUCGACUUCCGGUGGACUGGGGUUCCUACGCAACUUGGGCAGAAGAAGAGGUGAGAAUGGUUCCUUUAUUUGAGCAUGUUCUAAACUAUGGGUUUGUCUCACAGCAAAUUAUCUCAUGAUCGAGUCCUGAUCCAUCAGACCCUCUGCAGACCUUCAGAGAGGUCUGAUUACAGCGGUAUCGGGGAUCAUUUCUUGUGCUUGAACUCUGGUUGGCUCCCACAGACUUGUAUAUUGUGUCCCGAAAUGUAAAAGAUAAGGAACCCCUGCUCUAUCUUAAUCAUAGCGGUUCUGCCGUCUGGUUUAUCAUCAGAGCAGUAGUCAGUGUUCUCAGUAGUCAGGAUGCUGAGCAAGAGCCCAGAGGCCUCCGUGAUCCGGAUUCAAAUGAAAGCGUUGGACUGCAGAAGGAAACUGGAGCAGCACAUGAACAAGAGAAGAGUAGCGAACCAGUGAACAUGGGAGGAGAAUUCACAUCCCACUGAAUUCUAAUGGGUUCAACUGGCUAUUGGUGUUCUGCUGGCUUCUAUAGCAGUCUGUUGCAUGGGUUCUACUGUAUUAUGUUAUAUUCUACAUGGUUCCUUUCAGAAUACAAUAUAAACUCUGCAGCUCCAGUGAGCACAUCUGGAGAGGCUGCAUCUUACAGCAGCUGACACCUCACAGCCAAUCAGAACAGCAGCUGACGCUUCCAGGCCAAUCAGAACAGCAGCUAACGCCUCCCGGCCAACCAGGACAUCUGGAGGGACUGAUCCUAACCACACCUGACGCCUCCCGGCCAGUCAGAACACGCCCCUGUGUGAACAAUACAAUCAUACUUAUAAAAUGGAUCAUCACAAAAUAUAUUUCAAUAUUUAUGUUAAACUUAAUCAAUAUUUAAAGCCCCUGACUAAUAAAAAAAAUGCAUACGAUGUAAAAGUUAAGUUCAUUGCUGUGUCUAUACCAAGGUUGUAAGAAUAAACUUUAAUCAAUAUUAAAUCCUUCAGGCUUCAAAUCCUUCUAGAAAGACCCAGUGGGGUCAAAGGGGUGUCAAACUGCUCCAUAGUCACAUGGUUCAUGAAGGUUCAGAUAGAUCCAAGCAGGUCGAUUUUGAGUUUGCGGAUUUACCACAAAACAGCAACGUUUGGCGGCCUGAGGCCCAAGGAUUCUGAGUCGUAUUGCAAACCGACCCCCUUAUCAGUAGUAUGUGAAAAUUCUAUAAUAAUGGUAGAAUAAUAGAACCACCCCAAAUGGGACGAUCAUAGUGCCUGUUUAAGAGAUGGCGUGUUCGCCGUCCGAGGAAAAGGGGCGUGUUUGUGCCUGUUGCUAGGCAACGUCCUCGGACCUCGCACAAGCUCCGACCCGAUCGAGGAGCAUGAAUCAGUGCCCGUGGAGAACACAAGCCGGGUUCUACUGUAUUCUAAUGGGUUCUACUGCCUAUUUUUGUAUUUUAUUGUAUUCUGCUGGGUUCUAUUGUAUUCUAUGUUAUUGUACUAGGAUGCAUUGUAUUCUUCUGUAUUCUACUUGGUCUCCUGGGUUUUAUAGUAUUAUACAGUAUUCUACUGUUUUAUAUUCUCUAUGGAUCUAGGGUCUAGUAUUCUGAAAUCAUUAUACUAAGACAACAUAUUGCGUAUCCUUAUACAAACAGUCUCUGUAUGCAUUUUAUAAAAUACUGGUUAUUUAUAAAAUGGUAUUCAUUAUCACAUAUUUAUAUGAAGAUAUAUUCAGUAUUAAACCAUUGGAUGCAGCUGCGAUGCAUGUAUAACGCAGUACACGUGUUUUGGUAUCACACGGAUGGCUGUUGCUAUUUGUGCGGCUGAUACAAUUAAAGGGUUAGCUUUACAAGUUGG